UUCAUAAGUCAACAUAAUCGAUUUUUAUGUGAUUAGUCUGAUUAAAGUCAUAAAUAAAGAUAAUUGAAAUAAUUCUGAUUAUAUUAGUAUUAAAAGUCAGAGUGAAAACUAAAAUUCAUAAUAUAAUUUAACAAGAAUUCAAUUUCAGUUUGUACUUCUCUUCUCCUUGUAAAAACAUGGAUAUAAGAGCCGAAAAGUUAGCUAAGGCAAGAAAAAAGUUAAGAGACCAUCAAGAAAAGAAAGUUGUAACUGGUCAAAGAGAAGAAAUAUUGGACGAACAGAAGCCUAAAGGUAGUUUAAAUGACAAUUUGAUGACUGUUAACAAAAUUGUUCUUGAUCAUAAUCACGGAAUAAAUGGAAAACAAAAAGAAUCAAUUGUUGACAUGGACACAGACAAGAAAAGUCCAGAAAGCAAAUCAGACACUAUUACUGAAAUGCUUAUAUCAAAUAAAGCAAACCUCGAAUUACACAUGAAUGAAAUGAGUACCAAACUAGCAAAUUUAGAAUCUCUAUAUGAAUUAGAAAUAAGUAAUCAUAAUGUUUGCAAACAACAAAAUAUUGCCCUACAAAAUGAAAUAAGUGAUUUAAAAACAAAGUAUAAAAUUGCUGUCAAAGAAGUUUCUACAAAAGAUGAAGACAUGGCACGAUUAAAGGAGGCACUUGAUUAUCUACAUGAUGAAAAAAACAAUUUAUUUGAACAAGUUGAAUUAACAAAAUCAAUUUUGAAUAGUAAAGAAUUAGAAAACGCACAAAUGUUUCAUCAAAUAUCUUCAUAUCAGAGUCAAAUUGAUAUGUUGCAAAUUCAAUUGCAACAAUUAUCAAAUGAUUCUUUUGGUAAUUAUGAUCAAAGUUAUAAAAAAAAUCAAGAUACUGAGACACUGUUAGACAAAAUUUAUGAGUUGGAACGUGGCAUAGAGAUGGUGCGGAGAGAAAAAGAUGAACUAAUUGCACAUUAUGACCAUUUUGCGCAAGAUAGAAAUGAGCAACUACAGUUAGAACAGCGUAAAAAUGAAAAGAUAUCAAAGGAUUUACGUAGACUUUAUGAUAGGGAGCAAAGUCUUGUUGAACAAAUAAGCGAAUUGGAAAUACGCCUACAAAAUUAUAAUAUAAGGAACGAUGAACUGUUUCAAAAUGAAAAACAGGAUCGAGAAGUCAAAAAACAAUUAAUUGCAACUAAACAAGAACUUGAGGAAAUUAAUUUUAAAUAUAAAGAACUUCAAAAGCAACACAUGUACUGCCAAGAAAAAAUUCAAGCACUAACUCAAGCUAAAGAAAUUGAAAAUUAUGAAAAUAGCAUAUAUAAGCAAGAAAAUGUUAAUAUUUCUAAACUAAAUGCAGACAUAGUGAGUGACAAAUUGGCUGCACAAAGAGCAACAGAACAAAAUGAAAAGUUGAAAGUGGACAUGGAAGACUUGGAACAAAUUAUAGUUAAAAUGGGUAAAGAUAAGUUAGAGUUGACUGAGAAAUGGACACAUGAAAAACAAUUAAAUAAAGGAUUAGCCCUGAAAUUAGCAGAAGUAGAAGAGUGUGUUAAAAAUUUGCAGAAUCAACUAAAAGCUAAAGAUGAUGAAAUGAUAAGAUUGCUAAACGAAUAUAGGGAAAUGGAGAGAAGACAUGAAAAUACAUUGAAAGAUGUCAGUGAAAUGAAGCAAAAUUUAGAUUCAGAUCAUAUUCAGGAAUGUUCACAUGAAACACAAAACAAAGUUGAUUUAGAUAAUGAGAAGACGUCACCUCUAACAACAACACCACAAUCAGACACAAAAGUUAAACUAGACAAUUUAUGUAUACCGAAAGAGGAUGCGAUGAUCAAACUUCAAGAACGUUUUUUAAAUAUCAUGGACGAAGUUGCCAACUUAUCUGAUGAAAAGCAUAGAUUGGAACAUAUUAUUCUCCAGUUACAAAACGAAACGGAUACUAUUUGCGAAUAUGUCGCGCUUUACCAGCAACAACGAAGUUUAUUGAAGAAAAGAGAAGAAGAAAGAAGUAAUCAAUUAAAAAUAUUCCAAGCUGAAUGUGACAAAUUAAAACGUCAUUUAGAAGAAUUAAGUGAUCUUCUCUUAAGAUUCGCAGCUGACGAGGAGCUAGCCUCAUUUUUAAAAGAAGAAACUAGACAUACUGAUUUGGCUAGAGUGAAAGAAUUGCUCGAAAAGCUGCAAAAUUGUUCAUUAAUCAAUCCCAAAUUUAAAAACUUAGACUUAAACGUAUUUUAUCCCUGUCAUUGUUGUUCUGGCCAACUCAUCGAUAUUUAAAGUAAUCAGUUAAACAGCAGUUAUUUCUUCUAAAUGAAGUAGUUUUAUAUUCCUGAUUAAAUAAUUAGAUAAACAAUUUAUUAAUGAACAAGUCUAUUUUUUCAAAGUCUCAAAAAUAAAGUUUUUUAAUUAAUUAUAUACAAUGAUUAUCUUUUAAUAUAUGUGAGUACAUUGAAUUUCUUAUUGUAUUGUACUAAAGUUCAAGUCAUUUUUAAAAUAGUAUCCUCGAUUUCUAGUUGGUCGUCGAAGAAGAUGAAUUUUAAAUGCAAAUAACAUGCAGAAAUAGAUUUUAGUGUAAUUUUAUCUUCAUCCUAUUAUUUAUCAUUCCCUUGCUAUUAGGAUGAGACCUUUUGGAAUGGAAUACUGACGUCAACUAACGACUGUCAGUAACAUUAGCAAACGCUAUCGAAGUUAUUUGUUUUAGUAUUUUAUUAAUUUAUGGCAAUUUGUUUGGGAAAUUCUUAUAAAAGUAAACUGUUGUAACGUUUAAACGCGUGCUAUAUGUAGACUGGAAAUAGAAGAUGACUAGCUUAAUUUUAUCGUAAUAUAUUUACUAUUCUCUAUUUACUGCAGGUUAUUUUUUUCCUUUAAGUAAAAAAAGUUAUAUUUAUUUUAUUCUGUUAACGAUAAGCAUUAUCUGUAUAUGAACAUUUUUUAAAUCUUAAAUUGACAAAUUUUAUAAAAAAAUAUUUAUUGACUUCAUCUUUUUGUUUGACCUAAGCUAUCUAUCAAUCUUUAAAAUCAUUACCACGUACCGCAGUUUCAAGAAGUCUUAUCUUAACAGCACUUUGUUUUUAUAAAUAUGUUUGUCUGUUUUUAAAUAUAAUAUAAUGUAAAUAUCAAUAUUCCUUAAUCAGGCUACUAAGCCUUUUUAUUAGUCUGAUGAGAUUUUAUUUAUGAUUGUAAUAAAUAUAUUUACUAUUAUAUUUGUUGUUAUAAUAAUUAAUGAUUCAUAUAAUGAUUCUAUAUCUAUAUUAUAUACUAUUAUAACUAUAUACUAGUAGUAGUAGUAGUAUAAUUAUAAAUACACAUUUCGUCGGGACAAUUUCGGUGAAAGCGGCCAAUCUCAUGGGAGAUCAACCAACUUCAUAAGACAUAUGUGCAAAAGCAGGUGUACUCUCUAUUCGUCCAAUGGGACGGCAAACCCGACAAGACACAGAAAGAGUUCAGAUGCAGGUCGGCUUUACGUGGUUUCCGAGGCACGAGAGUGUACACAACCAACUUCAAAGUUUUCGACAAAACCAAAUAACUUUUUAUCGGCCCGAAAUGGGAUUUUAACAGAACAGGAUCUAUGGCCUUGUCAGGCUACUACACCAACGAGGAAGUCUGUAAAAUUAAAAAAUAUAUUUAUUUGAAAUUUUGCUGUCUGUAAAUCGCGCUGCCUAGUGUUUCUUGUAAUUGGAGUAGAUAUAUGCUUAUGUCAAUGUUAAUAAAAUUGAAAAAAAUUAUUA